CCGUUUCUCCACCUCUAUUUCAUUUUCUAUUUCCACGAAAUCAAAUGAAAUUCAUUUGAUAUUUAUUUCCAAGAAAUCAAAACGAAGCACCAUGUCAAGUUCAGAUGACGAUUGGUUUGACCAGGAUGAGAACGACCUGUUGCAGGGCCUGGAAAAGUCCUUAAAGUCCCUGGAGCUGCAGAAGAAUGAGGAGUACAUCGAACGCCCCUCAUCUGAGGGUAAAUACCACCGUAUGGUUAAGCAGCCAUCAAGCUUUUUGAGGGAGCGAACUUCACAGUUCUCCCUGACCGAGUUAACAAAUGCCUUAAAAAUGCCAGCCAUCGACAUGUUCUUAUACUUUUUGUCCGAAGAGCGAGAUCUCUUCGUGAAUCAAGUGUUGGCCAAUGACAGUGUGAAACGAGUUGGCCUGUUCGUGGAUGUCCUGUGGUCGCUCUGUGAACUCGAAUUGGGCGGAUUUGAUGAAGUCUUUCUGUCCGCAUUCAGCCGGCAGACGGCGCUUCUGGACACGAUCAAGAAUCUUUUGCAGGCCAAAGCCGCUGUGGCAAAAUGCGAUGCGGAGUCGGCACUAAUAUUAAGCCGUGUUAAGUGGAUGCUUCUACGAGCCCAUAAGCAUGGCCUCCUUAGUCGCCAGGGCUACGAAUUGGUAGAACUUUAUAAGAAAUUGGCACCUUCCUUUAAAAGCGAUAUGAUUGAUGGUCUCGAAGCAUUCACCGGUAACUUUUCACAUAACGUCAAGGGCCUAAUUUAUCCAACGCUGGAGACGUUACUGGGCAAGGAAGCAACUAAGGCUUCCAAUGAAGAAGAGAAUGAGCGCUUAGUGUCCGACAAAGUAGUCCAAUAUGUGAAUACACUGCGGAAUUUACUAAGGGAAGAUUUUUUAGCACCACUAGUUGAGUUUGUGCAACAGCUGCGCAGCGGAACGGAUGUCGAUGAGUUGAAGCAACAGGGCCUUCUAUGGUCCGAUGUGCAUCUUACUUUAAAUCCACAGUUUGCUAACGCUCAGCGUCAUAGCCUUGUUUUUUUGAAGGUUCAAUCAACUAAAGUAUCCAAGAAUGUCUAUAAGACUUGGCUGAAUUCUAUAAAAUCUGGGACUCUGCUCUGUCUUACCACGAGUCUGGCCUUUGAUGAUUUAAUUCUUGCUUCCGUUGGCUAUACUGAGCCAGAAAAACUAAAGGAGGAGUGCCUAAGUGUGCAGAUUGUCAAGCAAUAUAAUAUUGGAAACGCCUACAACCGACCACUGAUCAUGUUCCAGGCGCCCGUGUUUUUCGAACCUUAUCUCAGAGUUCACAAUUACCUGAGCACUUGCAGCACAGAGAAGUUUUCCAUGCGUCGCUAUAUUGUAGACGGGCAGAUGGAGAUACGACCGCCAGCGUACAUGAAACCAGGAGUUCAGCUUAGUUUCAAUAUAAAGCCCUUCACGCUGGACAAACUACCGGAAGAUCUGCACUUAAAUGAGAGUCAGAAAACUGCAUUCAAGGAAGCUUUAAGCAGGGAGUUCAGCAUCAUUCAAGGACCUCCAGGCACCGGAAAAACACACCUUUCAGUGCAGUUGGUUAACAGCUUGAUACAGAAUGCCAAAGCCCUGGGCACGGGACCCAUCAUUGUGCUGACCUAUACCAACAAUUCGCUGGACAAAUUCCUGGUAAAAAUUUCGCGGUACACCCAAGAAAUUCUUCGCUUUGGUAGUCAGUCGCGAGAUCCGCAAAUAUCAAAGUUUAAUUUGCGUACCAUGAUCAAGCCAGAAUUGCUGCCACCGCGUCUGAAGCGAAUUUGGUGGCUAGUCAAUUGUGAGCACAAGAAAGAAUUCCAGAACCUACAAGGGCUGUACGCAAACUUUGAUGGCAGCGAGGAAAGCUACCAGGACAUUCUGGCGGCUCAGGAAAAGCUUAAUCAGGUUGCCGAGCGUAUCGAAACACUGCGCAUGGUUUUCCAGUUCUUUCUAGCAAGGGACAAGGACCUGUUGGCCAUGACCACCACGUGCGCGGCUCGCCAUAACUUCUUGUUCAGGUUGCUACAGUCAAAGUGCGUCCUCUUUGAGGAGGCAGCCGAGAUCCAGGAGGCACACAUCGUGGCAUGCCUAACGCCGCACACAGAGCACGUGAUCCUCGUCGGCGAUCACAAGCAGCUGCAACCUUUCAGUGGCAGCAGUAAGGUACCACAGAUCUCGCUCUUUGAACGACUUAUUGUGGCGGGGCUGCCAUAUUCACGGCUUAAUCUACAGUACCGCAUGCGACCCUGUAUUUCUGAACUCCUUGUGCCCAGCAUUUAUGACGAGCUGCUCUGCUCGGAGUCAGUGAAGGAAUACGAGGACAUCCGCCUGAUGUCUAAGAACUUGUACUUCGUUCAGCACAACCAACCUGAGCACCGCACUUCUGAUAUGUCCGUUGAGAAUCUUUAUGAAGCUGGCGUGUUGGCUAAAUUAACUGAGUUCCUGAUCCAGAAGGCCCAAUAUAAGCACAGCGAUAUUGUGAUAUUAUCCCCUUACAAUGGCCAAAUAGAGUGCAUCAAGAACGCGCUUCCCCAAAACUAUCGCUCAACUGUGCAAGUGGCCAGUGUGGAUAGUUUCCAAGGCCUUGAGGCCAAUAUAGUGCUGCUCUCGCUGGUGCGGAGCAAUCUAUCCGGCCGAAUUGGCUUCCUUCAACAAGCAAAUCGGGUGUGCGUGGCUCUUUCUCGAGCCCGCUGGGCUCUGUACAUUGUCGGUAAUAUGACGAUUUUGGAGGAUUCUUUCCCAAAGAUUUGGAGCCCAAUUGUCAAGCGCUUGAAAGAGAAUAAUGCCAUCGGAGAGGCAUUUCCGACCAUAAUAAGUACCUGAUUACACCUAAUUAAAAAAUGUAGAUAUGUGACAUUUGA